GAUCUUUUUUUCGGUAUUUAACAUCAUCUGCUGUAAUUAAAAUGGCGGGAAGCAUGGAAAACAAAGAAGACUACCAAACAUAAGUAAACGUCCCGUACCAUUAAAACAACAAACUUGCACAGCUGUAUCUGUUUAUUUGUAUCUUCAACAAUUUUGACUUUUAAACAAUGGCAGAAAGACCUGAAGAUCUCAAUCUUCCAAAUGCAGUUGUAACCAGAAUUAUAAAAGAUGCCAUCCCAGAAGGUGUUAAUAUAUCAAAAGAAGCCAGACUAGCUAUAUCUAAAGCUGCCAGUGUGUUUGUUUUAUACGCUACAUCAUGUGCCAAUAACCUAGCAUUGAAAGGAAAAAGAAAGACAAUUUCAGCUACAGAUGUAAUUAGUUCAAUGGAAGACAUGGAGUUUGAUCAGUUUGUAGAACCCCUGAAACAAGUUUUAGAAGAAUACAGGAAAGAACAGAAAACUAAAAAGGAUGCUGCAUCAGAAAGGAAAAAGAAAGUGAAAGAAGAGGAAAAAACUGUUGCAGACUCGGAUGAAGAAGGACAGGGCGAGGCAAUGGAAGAGGAAGUGGGUGGGGAAGAGGACACACCUGUUGGGAGUGUUGUUACUAUAUCUGAUGAUGAUAAUUAAAGAUGCAAUUAAAUUUGUGAAUUUU